UUGGCUUUUCAGAAGCGCGUGUACUCAACAGGGUCCUGCUCUCUUCAGACAUUCACCAAAGCGCACUGAGCGCACAGAGCGCUCGACCGCUGCUGGCCGGCAGCGACACGCAUAACAUCUUUGCACUAUAAAGAAUGACAGUUAUAUUCAAUCCAACUCUAUUAGUCGGGCGCGGAGAAAGCUCCGGUAAAACAUGCAGUGGAUCGAGAAAUAGGUACACUAGCAUGAGUGAGAUUCGCCAUGUCGUGUGACUUAAAGGGACUUCACUGAUGCUAUGUGACAGCUUUGAGAAAAGUUUCUUCACUGUUUUACCCUGAGCGCGCUGCGCGUUUGGAUAGGCGCAGUGGCUUUAUUUGGAUAAGAGCUUGCGGGAGAGAUGGCUUGCCUGCGCGUUCUGCAAAAAAGCAGGAAUUACAAAACAUCCAUCUGGUCUGUGCUGUUGAAUCUCAUUGUUGUAGUUGGAUGUCUCCAGUGUAUUCACUUUGCAUCUGCAACUGUUCGUCGUGGUCCUGAUGUAAAGCAAAAGCCUAAAUCUCUUCUGGAGUCAUUGCGGUUACCUCACAGUACAGAAUAUGAGAUCGUGUCCCCGUAUGAGGUGGAUCAUGAUGGACGUUACAUCUCGCAUGCUGUGGCUCACCACCACCGCAGGAAACGCUCAGUGGAUGGCACCGUUCACUUCAGGCUUCACGGCUUAGGCCAAGACUUUCACCUGGAACUGGAGCCGUCGGGUGACCUGAUGGCACCCAGCUUUACUGUACAGACCAUGGGCAGAAGAGGCACCAAGAGCCUGCGGCCUUUUCCUACAGAUGACCUCUGCUUCUACCAUGGGGUGUUAAGAUCAAAGGUCAACUCAUCCGUGGCCCUGUCGACAUGUGCGGGGAUGUCAGGUUUGAUCAGGACUCAAGAGGCUGAUUACUUCCUGAAGCCACUGCACCCACAUCAGGCACUUCUGGAGAACUUUUCCGCACCGCCUGAUCACCAUCUCCACAUCCUGUACAAGAGAUCCACACAGACAGACACACAGACAAACAUCGGAAGAGUAAGGAGGACAUCCGAGCCAAAGUCUGCCAGCAGAAGGCAUUCGGGAUUCCCUUACAUGUGGGGAGAUGAGAUGACCUCAUACAAACAGACAGAUCCAGAGGAGUAUCAGCAUAAACCACAUAGUGGCGACCACUACAGGACACGGCAGAGACGGCACUACUGUGGAAGACGGAAGAAAUAUAUGCCUAAACCACCUGAGGAAGAUAUCUAUAUCUUUCCGGACGAAUACAAAUUCAUGCCUAGAGGGAAACGAGCCAUCAUACUCAAACCUCAGCCGUACCAGAGACUGAACGUGGAGACGUUGGUGGUGGUCGACCGUAAGAUGAUGGAGAAUCACGGGCACGAAAAUAUAACCAUAUAUGUCCUUACUGUUCUAAACAUGGUGUCUACACUAUUCAAAGAUGGGACCAUUGGAGGUGAUAUCAACAUUGUAAUUGUUGGACUAAUACUGCUGGAUGAAGAUCAGGAUGGACUAGUGAUUAACCACCAUGCUGACCACACUCUAAACAGUUUCUGUCAGUGGCAGUCUGGUUUGGCAGGCAGAGAAGGUCGGCGUCAUGAUCAUGCCAUACUUCUAACUGGUCUGGAUAUCUGCUCCUGGAAGAAUGAACCAUGUGACACUCUAGGUUUUGCUCCAAUCAGUGGAAUGUGCAGCAAGUAUCGUAGCUGCACCAUCAAUGAGGACACUGGUCUUGGUCUGGCCUUCACUAUUGCCCAUGAAUCUGGACACAACUUUGGUAUGAUCCAUGAUGGGGAAGGCAAUUUGUGUAAGAAGUCGGUUGGAAACAUCAUGUCUCCCACACUGGCUGGACACAAUGGUUUAUUUUCCUGGUCAUCCUGUAGCCGACAAUAUCUAAACAGGUUUCUAAGUACCGCCCAGGCCACCUGUCUGUCUGAUGAACCCAGCGCCAUACAGGAGUACAAAUACCCUGAGAAACUUCCUGGAGAGCUGUAUGACGCAGACACCCAGUGCAAAUGGCAGUUUGGAGAGAAGGCCAAAUUGUGCACCCUGGACUUCAAAAAGGACAUCUGCAAAGCCCUGUGGUGCCACCGGGUCGGAAGAAAAUGCGAGACCAAGUUCAUGCCGGCGGCUGAAGGUUCAGCCUGUGGUCCGGAAAUGUGGUGUCGUCGUGGUCAGUGUGUAAAGCAGGGCGAUGAAGGUCCAAAGCCAGUUCAUGGUCAAUGGUCAGCCUGGUCUGGCUGGUCCAGCUGCUCUAGGACCUGUGAAAGUGGAGUGACCUACAAAGAGAGACACUGUAUCAACCCAAGGCCGAUGUAUGGUGGCAAGUUUUGCGAAGGUUCAUCUCGCACUUAUAAAACAUGUAAUACUGAAGAUUGUCCUCACAACGCUGUAGAUUUCCGAGCUGUGCAGUGUGCCGAGUUCAACAGCAAGCCUUUCCGUGGAUGGCACUAUAAAUGGAAACCCUACACACGGGUGGACGAUCAAGAUGUGUGUAAGCUCUACUGCUAUGCUGAAGGCUACGACUUUUUCUUUGCCCUCUCGAGUAAAGUUCGAGAUGGCACGCUCUGUACACAGGACAGGUCUGAUGUCUGCAUUGACGGUAUCUGUGAGAGCGUCGGCUGUGACAGGGUGCUGGGAUCCAAUGCUGUGCCUGACGUGUGUGGUGUCUGCAAAGGCGACAACUCCACCUGCAAGAUCUACAAGGGACAAUACACCAAACAACAUUACAUUAGUCAGUAUUACCGGGUGGUCACCAUACCAGCUGGAGCACGUAGCAUUCGUGUGAUGGAGCUUAACUCCUCUAGUUCAUACCUGGCCUUGAGGAACCUCCAGAGGAAAUAUCAUCUCAACGGGCGCUGGACGGUGGACUGGCCUGGCAGACACCCCAUCGCUGGAGCUGUGUUUGACUACAAGAGACCCUACAACCGUCCAGAGAGUCUCACCUCUACUGGACCAACUAAUGAAACUCUGGUGGUUGAGGUGCUUCUGCAGGGCUGGAACCCGGGCAUUCAUUGGGAAUACACACUAUCCAAAGAAGAUACAGACAAGCAGAAUCAACCCAAACACAACUACACCUGGGCCAUCAUUCGAUCGCAGUGCUCAGCCACCUGUGCCGGAGGUCAGAUGGUCACUAAAUCAUCAUGCUACAGGGAUCUGAGAGUUCAGGUGAACGCCUCUUACUGUAACUCCCAAACCCGGCCCUCCAGUGGUGUGGUGCCCUGCAAUACUCAGCCAUGCCCCCCAAGCUGGAGCGUGGGUGACUGGGGUGUGUGCAGUCACAGCUGUGGAUCCGGCGAGCAGAUCAGACAGGUGCAGUGUCUCCAAAAAACAGGACCUGAACGAAUGGACACGGUAACCGAUGAACAGUGUCCGCAACCACCACCAUCUCGCAGACAGACCUGCAACACACAAACCUGCCCACCGGCCUGGACUUCCGGUCCGUGGUCUCAGUGUUCUCGUAAGUGUGGGAAGGGUGUGAUGAAGAGGACGGUGGCCUGUGUAAGCAGUAACUCAGGUUCUCAUUCACUGGUGCUGCCAGACGCUUCCUGUGCCUCGCUGCCCAAACCCGACAGCCAGCAGACCUGUAUGAUCAAACGCUGUCACAAACAACGCAAGGCCCAGUGGUUCGUCUCCACCUGGCAACCGUGUUCGGUGUCCUGUGGUAAGGGUCUUCAGGUGCGUGUUGUAAAGUGCGCUGAGAAGGACAUAGCAGGGAAAUACAGAGAGUUGUCACCCAAAAAGUGUCAGCAUGUACCGAAACCCUCCACGGAGCUGCAGAGAAGCUGUGUCCUAUCAGACUGUCCCAUCCUCUCUCCUCGCAGCAGACCCGACUGGUACUCCUCUCCAUGGACACAGUGUACAGUGUCAUGUGGAGGAGGAGUUCAGAUACGUUCAGUACAAUGUCUCGUUGAUGGACGACCCUCCUCUGGAUGUGUAUUACAGCUGAAGCCUGCUGUGUCUCAGGCCUGUAACACACUGUUCUGCCCUCAACCAGAAAAGAAAGAUGUGAUCUGUAAAGAUUAUUUCAACUGGUGCUAUCUCGUACCACAGCAUGGAGUCUGCAACCACAAGUUCUACGGGAAGCAAUGUUGCCAGUCCUGUUUGCACGCGAAACCCUGACACUUUUCUGCUAUGGACAUUUUACCAUGAACUUCUGAGGCGAAGCAACGGUAACCCUGAAGGGAGCAGAGCGAUGUCCGACCUAAAAUGGUGUUGAACAAGUUCACGAGUUAAGACUUGAAGUGCCCUUUAUUCUGGUGCUAGACGAGCAGAAACUGUGUCACUCCUCUGCAGGAAAUGACAUUAUCAAAGAUGAUGUCAUUGGGUUUUAAAGAGCUUCAAACGGACAGGAAGCUAAAAUAUCCAAAGGAAUGCAAUUGUCCUGGUGCUAAUAGACUUUUAAAUCCGAGGCUAAAGGUGCUUGACGUAGAUGUGUGCUAUGUAUUAAUACAAAUAAACAUUGUGAAGAGUUUUUCCAUGAACGUGCCUCAAUGUCAUGUUAAACCAAUUAUACAGCCUUAAUAGAUCUCAGAGCGACAGCUCAUCAUCAUCAGCAGGGAGAUUAUGGUGUUGUGUAAUGAGAAUACAUCCACUUCUGGUGCUAUAUGUUGAUGGCAGCCAAACAUCUGGUGAAUAAUAACUGGGGUUUUAAAUUAAAAUUAAUCGCUGCCAUUGUACAAUUGAUAUUAUUCUCUUUAUUUAUUAACAAUACUGCAAUGUAGCAGAAUGACAUACUGUACUGCUGUAAUAAUGUGCUGUUAUUUUAUUGCCAGUUUAUUUUAUUUCAGGUAUAGUUGCACGAUUAAUUUUUGUAUUUUUUUGUGCUUUUACAGUACUGUUUUUGGUUUAAUAUUCCUAAAGAAGACACGGCAGUUAAACUAAUAACCGCAAGUUUAAUGAAGUGUAAUAAGUGCCAGAUUUAACAGACUUUGCUCUCUUUGUGGGGUUUUUAUCAGCUGUCACCACACAACUUCCAAGUCUUAUAAAUCUGUCUUUGCUUUGCACAUGAAAGGAUCUGGCAUCCCUACAUAUGGAUUGUGAAGUAAGCGCCAUAGCACAAAUUGUAGUAGAGUCCUUUAUAGUAUGCAUCUGUUGUAAAACAGCGUUAGAUGAAUGUAUUUUCUCUCGUCCGAGCCGAAUGCUGUUCUAGAGUGGUGGACAAAGGGUCUGUAUUAAGUGCCAGUUUUUAUUAAACCUGAUGCCAUCAUA